CUCCUAAGACACAGCAGGACCCUCUCUCUCUCUCUCUCUCUCUCUCAGACUCACACAAUCACUGAUGACAACGUCGCAGGUUGAUGACCAAAUGUUACUUGCCUCUCAGUUCUAUCCUGGUAUCUACAGCCAGGUAGUACCAGACCAAGUGGGUUCGGGAGAGACGAAACCACGUCGGCGACGUAAGAAGAGCAAGGGAGAGGCUAGUGCUAGUGGCAUAAGGAAGAGAAAGCUAAGUGAAGAACAAGUAAAUCAGUUGGAGAUGAGCUUCGGGAACGAACAUAAGCUGGAGUCGGAGAAAAAGGACAGACUUGCAUCCGAGCUCGGUUUGGAUCCUCGACAAGUGGCAGUCUGGUUUCAGAACAGGCGAGCACGUUGGAAGACAAAAAGGAUUGAAGAGGAGUAUUCGAAGUUGAAAGCUGAACAUGAAUCCAAUGUUAUCGACAAAUGUAGGCUUCAAUCAGAGGUUUUGAGGCUUAAAGGAGAGCUUACUGGAGCAGAGGAAAAGAUACAGAGGUUGAUGGAGAAAUGUGAUGGGACAGUGAGUAACAGUCCAAGUUCAUCUUUCUCCAUGGAUAUCAUGGAACAACAAUAUUUUGGGGAAUUUGGAAUGGAAGGGUUAGAAAACGGUUUCUUUGCUCCUGACAACAACAAUUAUGUUCAUGGAUUGGAGUGGGCCAGUUCAUUUUACAUGUAAGUUUGUAACUACAUCAAUCAUCUAGCUAGUAAUUAAGUCAGUUCUGUAGAUAACUUGACUUAUCAUCAUAUGUACAUUAAUGCUUCUUUCUUAUUUUAUUGCUUUCUGUCUGCCUAUUUUGACAUUAGCUAGAUUAAUUAGGAAUAGUAAAUUGUUUAGUUAGAAUAAUAUUGGUGUUGAAUGUGUAGUAAUUAUUAUGUACUUAGUAAGUGUUAUGUACAUUAUAUUGGUAUUCUUAAGUGUUGCAAGGAACAACCAAAAAUUUCCAAUCUUGAAG